UGGCCGGCUGUCGCACUGCGAUGGAUGGGUGCAGUUCCCGAAAGGGAGAGUAAUUGUGGUCCUGGCGCGGGAGGUUUGGUCCUGCUCUCCGUUCCCCGCCCGGCGCUCCGCCGGGAGCAGGGAGGCGACCGCAGGAAUCCACUCUCCAUUGCCAAGAAGAAAUCUGUUAGUUUUAGAUGGUGGAACCCCUUUGCAUAAAAUAUUAGAAUGAAAGAACCUUUGGAUGGUGCCUGUGGCAAAGCAAUGACACCACAGCAGGGGCUUGUGGACAAAAUUAAAGAAGAGCCUGACAAUGCCCAAGAGUAUAGGAGUGCCCAGUUGCCAAAAACUCAAAGUGAAUUGAAAAUUAGUGCUGUGUUUUCAGUUAGUGGCAGUCCUCUUGCCCAGCAGCUGACCCCAGGCCUCCAGCUCUCUCUUGCAUCACCUGGCUCAAAUAUAGUGCUUCCUUCAGUUCCAGCCAUAGCUAUUCAGGUUUUUUGUUCUGGCUGUAAAAAAAUGCUUUAUAAGGGGCAAACGGCGUAUCACAAGACAGGAUCUGCUCAGCUCUUCUGCUCCACACGAUGCAUCAGUGGGCAUCCUCCACCUGUCUGCCUCCCACCGCUUCCCAGGAAAACCUGCACAAACUGCUCAAAAGACAUUUUAAAUCCAAAGAAUGUGAUCACAACUCGGUUUGAAAAUUCUUCUCCUGGCAAAGAAUUCUGCAGCCAAUCAUGCUUAUCUUCUUAUGAGCUAAAGAAGAAGCCUGUUGUCACCAUCUACACCAACAGCCCUGCCACCCGGUGCAGUGUGUGUCAGAAGAACGCGGACAUCCGGUUUGAAGUUAAGUACCAGAAUGUGGUGCAUGGUCUUUGUAGUGAUGCCUGUUUUUCCAAAUUUCAUUCCGCCAACAACCUUGCCAUGAAGUGCUGUGAGAACUGCGGGAGCUACUGCUAUAGCAGCUCUGGUCCUUGCCAGUCCCAGAAGGUGUUCAGUUCAACGAGCGUCACGGCGUACAAGCAGAAUUCAGCCCAAACACCUCCUUAUGCUCUGGGGAAAUCUUUGAGGCCCUCAGCUGAAAUGAUCGAGACUACGAAUGACUCAGGAAAGACAGAGCUUUUCUGCUCUAUUAAUUGCUUAUCUGCUUACAGAGUUAAGACUGUUAUUUCUUCAGGUGUUCAGGUUUCGUGUCACAGCUGUAAGACCUCAGCAACCCCUCAGUAUCACCUCGCCAUGUCGAAUGGAGCUAUCUAUAGCUUCUGUAGCUCCGGUUGUGUGGUGGCUUUCCAGAAUGUAUUCAACAAGCCAAAAGGAACAAACUCUUCUGCAGUGCCCCCGAAUCAGGGCCGUGUGGUUGUAAGCCCACCCUCAGGGCCAGCAGCGCGGGCAGGAGUGGGUGACACCUCUGCGGUCGGCCCCCGCUCUGUCAGCGGCCCCGCUGCAGCCAUUCCCCAGCCUCUGACUGAGCAGUCCCAGCAAGUCGCUCUGACCCACACGGUCGUGAAGCUCCGGUGUCAGCACUGUAACCAUCUGUUUGCCACAAAGCCAGAACUGCUUUUCUACAAGGGCAGAAUGUUCCUGUUUUGUGGCAAGACUUGCUCUGAUGAAUACAAAAAGAAAAAUAAAGUUGUGGCAAUGUGCGACUAUUGUAAACUGCAGAAAAUUAUAAAGGAGACUGUGCGCUUCUCAGGGGUGGAUAAGCCAUUCUGUAGUGAAGUUUGUAAAUUCCUCUCUGCCCGGGACUUUGGAGAACGAUGGGGAAACUACUGUAAGAUGUGUAGUUAUUGUUCACAGACGUCCCCGAAUUUGGUAGAAAAUCGAUUGGAGGGCAAGUUAGAAGAGUUCUGUUGUGAAGACUGCAUGUCCAAAUUUACAGUUCUGUUUUAUCAGAUGGCCAAGUGUGAUGGUUGCAAACGACAAGGGAAGCUCAGUGAGUCCAUAAAAUGGCGAGGCAACAUCAAACAUUUCUGUAACCUAUUUUGUGUCUUGGAGUUUUGUCAUCAGCAAAUUAUGAAUGACCCGCCUUUACAAAAUAAAGUAAAUAUUUCUAAGGCACAAACUGCUUUGAUGGAGCACCCUUCUUCAAGGGCAGACACAACACCAGUUAUAACCAGUGUGGUGUCCUUGGCGACAGUGCCUGCUGCCCAGCCCACGGGGAGCACUAGCAGUGUAAAAGGUGCAGUUACUAAAGAUUCAGGAAAGAUCAUUGAAGAUAACUAUUGUGAAACUUCCCCACAUGAAGUAUUUUUCAAGAAAUGCUCACUUUAGAUCUGGCGGGCCGAAAGGAUCACAGACUGUUCCGGAAUAAAGAGCAGACUCUCUAAGCCUAAUGCAUGCCAGCCUGACACAUGUGACUGAUGUUCUCUGGUCAAAGCCCGGAGUGGCCUAAUUGACAGGAUCCAUGUGCAGAAGAACAUAGUUCCCUCCGACCGUCGUCAGUGUCACGUGGCACCGGGUCAGCUCUGAGUGGGUUUUGGUAGCUGUUGUGCUGUUACCUUAACAUUUGCUCUUGGUAUCGUUAAAAAUCUUUGUUACGUUACGUUACAGUGUCACUCAGCCGUUCGUGAAGUGGUGUGCUGGGGUAAAAAUGUCCCCCAAACUGACUCACUUGGGAACAAAAGUAAAAUUAGGUGUGGUGAAAAUCUCUGAAGGUGACCCAGCCACUGCUGUGCUGUCGCUCAUCUUGUGGAUUUAAGAGAGUGUCCCUGGCAGGACAUGAGAGGCAGUGCUUCAGAUACCGAAAGCAGCAUUAAAGCAGGGACACCCACACCCCUUAGUUCAUGACAAAUAUCUUAUAACCAGGUGAAGCUACUGGAAUAAAGGAGAAGUCCUGGUACGAGGGCUGCAGGAUCCGGCUGCCGUCAUGCACCCAGAGGCCAGCUGGUGUCUGUGUUGAGGCAUGAAAUCAUUUUGAUGAGCUCACAGGAGCUGACAGUGAGACAAGGUUUAUUGCGAGUCAGAGCGGCUUUCCAAUUUUAAAGCCCACCAAGGUUUUAAGAAUGUAUAAAAGAAGCAGGCAUGCUCUAUCUGGUAACUGCGAAGUCACCAAAACACCGCAGCCCGACCAUAACUUACAGAGGCUUCGACAUGGAAGGCAGCCUGCACUUGCUAACGCGGCACCUGUGGAAGGGGUGCCGGAGGCCGGUGAGUCUGCGCAGAGCUGUGCAGGGCUGUGGAGAACUUGUUGGGGUGUCCCGCGAAGGAUUAACAGAAGACUGCUCAUAAUUAGAGUCACAAGGCAGCGGGAGGAAGGGCAGCCACUAGCCUGGGCCUUUGGCCCAGCUGGCUGAGAGGUGACCGGUGUGCAAUUGCUGUUUUUGAAGGAGGUGAUCCAAACAUGGAUUGCUGUUCUGUGAUGGCAAGGCAUGAUGGAAAAUUUCUUGUGCCACGAAAUCCCCGGUGGAAAAAAACAAGAUAAAAAACUGAAACUGUGGGAACCAGCAGUUAGC